AUGAAGUGUAUUUGUAUCAACCGAUUCAUCAAAUCUGCAUUAAAUGUUGCAAAACUUCCUCGUCACAAAGAACGACAGACGACGACGGAAAAGGGAUGUUUCAUGGAGCCAAAAAAGAUAAACAAAAGAAGAAAGAGAUACAAUCAACAAAAUAUUGCCGGCACCACUGGUAGAUUCAUGAAAAAUUACGAUGGACUUGAAUUUGUCAAAUAUUUUGAAGUCGCUCAAGAUUGCGUAUGCAGCUUCUUUGAAGGGGCUUUCUAA